GAAUGGGUUGGAGUAGGCGCUGUUUAUGCCUCCGUGGAAUCUAUGAAGCUGGUUUUUAACGUUGAAGUAAAAAAGGCUCCUGGAAGACUUGAACAUGUUGCAAAAGAGGGUGAUUUGUUGUACCCAGGAUCGGUAAUCGCUCGUCUGGUCGAUCAGAAGGAUGGAGAAAAAUACAAACCUAAGCCUUUCUUAGAGACCUUUCCGGAGUGGGCAGAGUUUUCUGACAUUGAGCGUGUGUUGCCCGAGACAAAAAAGCACAAUAAUUGUUUAGGCAUGUGUAUGAAUAUUCUUAACGGUUCUAUCCCACCUGGUGCCGAUUUCAGUGUGGAACAUCUUGUUGAAGAACUGUUUUCCUAUCUGGAAAGCCCAACUUUGCCUCAUGCUUUGUUCAAAUCCACUCUUGAUGAAUACUUCGGUUCUCUAAGUCACACUGAGUGGGAGACUGCGAAGGCUGUCUGUGAUACCGUUUAUCAUAUUUGCGAAAGAUUUGAAAACGGUCUGCUGUCCAAUACGGGUUAUGUGCUCAAUUCGCUUCUAGCAGAGUAUAAACAAUGUGAGAGGUUUUUUGAGGGUCGUGUGUACGAUGACGCUGUAGCUUUGCUCAACGAGGAGUUUGGAUCUGAUAAAGAUCGUGUUGUAUCCAUGAUCUACUCGCAUACUCAACUCAAAGGAAAAAAUAAGUUUAUGUUAGCCUUACUGGCGGGAAUUGAGAAGCGCGGCAUGCACUUGGUAGCACAUCUUUAUCUUUUGUGUUUGGCAUGGGUGACUCCCCUAGCAGAUAAUUUGCGAGACAUUGGCAACAUGUUCCAUACAGAUGAGGUUUGCAAUCAAGCAAGGCAACUUCUCCUCCAAAACAGCCGAAUAAAGUAUAGAAAGUUCUUGAAUAAGAUUGUUUGGGACAUCGAAAAGGUUGGGAUCGCCGAGAGGGACACCAAGGAAGUUCUCCCAGUGGAUGAUGCCGUUGCAAAGCUUAAAGAACUUUUUGGACAAAUGCUGGAUCGUGGAUUGACUCCUAAAGAAAUGCUUAAUUCAAGUCCUUGGGCUCACAAGGCUAUUCACGAGUUCUUUUUUGAUGAGAAGCUUGCGGAUUUCGCCAUUCGUGCUUAUAUUGGGUUACACUUUGCUGUUGACGAUGUCACCUGUACAGCUUUACAUUGUGCAAAUCAAGAUGCUAAAGUUUAUGAUUUCUUCGUUGACAAUUCCAAUCUUGUACAUUACAUGAUCUCUCCUAGUGUAGAAAGUAACCAGUACCUCUCCAUUGUCAAACUUAGUGUAAACCGCGACAAUUUCAUCCAAGCAAUAACACAUGACAAUUUGAUCAACUCUCUCGUGAGUAAAUUCUCCGAAUGUGGAAUCAAAUCUAACGGAAUACGAUCGCAGCUUCGCGUCACCUUGUUAGUCAACGUCAUUCAGCCAGCAGCUCCCUACAAAUCCAAAGAAGGCCAUCGUGAAGCACAACUAGAGGAGCUGCCCAUGUUCACGGAAAGCGACGAUGAGAUUGUUGCUGAGGCCGAAAACGCAUCUGAUGUUAUUCGCAACGCCUUAGCAGAGAAGCUCACUGCUGUUGAUAUCCUUACUCAUGUUCUUGUUUGCAAUUCCUGUAAACCUUUGACACAAGUGGAUCUGUUAGGUGCGGAACGUUUGGAACUUUGGCGUUUACCAAACGACGCUCAGCUGGUCUCUGAUCGUCUUUCCAACUUGAAUGUUUUCAAGUACGAUGAUCCAGACAAACGCUUUUCUAGAAUCUUCGUACGUGAAAUGCUCGAAAUCCCUAUACGUACUGUAGAAGACAGGAAUGUCUAUGUAUCUAAUCAUGUGUUCCUGUAUGUAACAUUCCCAAAAUUGGUGCCGUCUUUCACGAGCGAUUACGAGGAUAGCUUGGAUUCUGUGGAAAUCAUUUAUACCAAACUGAGAACAAAUGAAGGAGUACGUCAGCUCUGGAAGCGCAGGGUAAAAUUCUUGGAUGAGACUGGUGUAACUCCUGAGUUUGGUAUAUACGACGAGUACAAGACCGUGAUUUAUCCUCAAAAAUUAUCUCACUUGCUUUAUGGAAACAAACUUGCUGCUCAUUCGAAGAUAAAGAAGAUAGAAAAGAAGCGUUCUUCGACUAGGUAUUCUGAAAUUCAGUCAUUCUCGGUGAAAAUCUCAGCGAUAACAUUAUUUUCAGGGCAAAUGGUACCACCUACACUGUUUACACCUGAGAAGCCGUUAGGAUAUACCAUCAUCGCGAUUGCCAACGAUAUAACAUUCCAAUCAGGGUCAUUUGCAACUCCUGAGGAUAUGUUGUAUAGUUUGGCAUCUGAGUACAGUAGGAAAAAUAAGUAUCCUCGUGUCAAUGUUUCUUGUAAUUCCGGCGCUCGUAUAGGACUGUGUGAAGAUGUAUCGAAAGUGUUCCGGGCAAAAUUCAAAGUAUGUUAUUCUUCGAAUGUCGACUCUGAUUGCACUUUUGAACCGUCGUAUCUAGCAAUACAUUGCCGAAAUGACUUAUAUCAUCCAUUGAUUGAUCCUAGCCAUCCCGAAGAAGGGUUUGAGUAUUUAUACGUUGACGGAAUUGAGGAGGAAUCCUUAAAAGGUCAAAUUGUCUACGAGAAGAUGCCUAAUGGACUUCUUCGACUGAAAGCUAUUGUUGGAAAGCAGGUAGGGCAAAAAUGCUCAUGUAAAUUUGUUUCUAUGACUGUAAUAGUUGUACACGGUUUGAUGUUUAUGUCUACUCAUAUUGUUCUCAAUGAGAACAUUGGAGUGGAGAAUCUGCAAGGAUCAGGAAUGAUAGCCGGUGAAACAUCGGCGGCAUAUGAAGAAGUGCCUACAUACUGUCUCACUCGUUCAUCUCAUCUUAUUCUUACGGGUGCACCAGCUCUUAACACUUUGCUAGGAAAAGAGGUUUAUACAUCUAAUAACCAACUUGGUGGUAUACAAAUCAUGUUCAAGAACGGAGUAACUCACGCUGUAGUUAACGAUGAUUUCGAAGGUAUUUGCAAAAUCAUACAAUGGAUGAGCUAUCUACCUGAUGAGACUCCAUCAUUUCCUUACCGACAGCCUCUCGGAUUUGAUUCCUCUCCUCGCCCUGUCAAGUUUACAAUUGAACCCAACAAGCCAUAUGACAUUCGGCAACUAAUCGACAGUCGCAACUCUAAAGAAGUUCACGGUAUUUGUGACUCUAAUUCUUUUGAUGAGAUCAUGAACGACUGGGCGAAGACAAUAAUUGCCGGAAGAGCACGCAUAGGAGGAAUACCAAUUGGAGUAGUUUCAUCUGAGCUACGCAAUGUAAUGUCUGUCACUCCCGCCGAUCCUGCUUCGCCAAAUAGUCAAUCUGUGGAAAUACAUCAAGCUGGACAGGUGUGGUAUCCAGACUCGGCAUUCAAAACUGCUGAAGUCAUCGGAGACUUUAAUCGAGAAGGACUUCCUCUUCUUUUCAUUGCGUCUUUACGUGGAUUUUCUGGUGGACAGCGAGAUAUGUUUGAAAUGGUGCUGAAAUUUGGCGCACAAAUUGUUGAUGCCCUCAGACAGUAUCGUAUGCCGGUGAUUAUCUAUAUUCCAUGUCAAGGAGAGCUUCGUGGGGGAGCUUGGGUAGUACUUGACAGCAUUCUCGAGGCAAAUGCGAUAGUUGGUAUCAAGUUUCGCGAUGAUAAGUUGCUUGCCUUGCAGAAGAGGAAUGACGAGAUUAUGCAGCAGUUGGAUGCGAGACUGCUCGAGCAAGUCAAGCUGUACGGCGCAGAAUCCCUUGAAGCCAAUAAUGCCCGAAUGCUGCUCGCAAGGCGAUCUCAGGAUCUGAAAAAGUCGUAUAGGGGAGUAGUUGUGGAAUUUGCUGAUCUGCAUGAUCGAGCAGAGAGGAUGUCAAUCAAAAAAGCUGUGCAGCACGUCACUGAUCUCGUCAAUUCUCGUAAUCUAUUUACUCAGAUAUUCACUUUGGAAAUAGCGAAGAUACGUCUUUGUGAAAUUUACCUUGAGCGAGCUGAUCGGAAUACCACUCGCCAAGAAGCGUACAAAUGGGUAGCUUCGCGAUUUCAAGAGUUUCAUAAAGGAGUCCUUUUGUUACCUCCCGCUGAACAAAUGGUUUUCUUGGAGAAGUUUGUAUCCUCGGGAAUUUUUGCUCGACAUGUCGAUCAAGUUCGAGAGGAGUCCGUUGAACGGUAA